AUGACUAUGCAGAUGAGUUUCUACUGGGGCAGAAACGUCACUAUCCUCUUCUCCAAGUGGCCUGGAAACGACCAACAUAACCCAGGCAUGUACAUAUUGGCCCUCUUCUUUGUGUUUGCUAUAGCCUUUGCCAUGGAGCCUUUGUCCGUCUGGCCGACUAUCAAGCCCAGCGGGAGUUCGGUAGUCGCAGGCCUGGCUCAGGCUUUUCUUUACGCCAUUCGCAUCAGCUUGGGUUACUUUGUGAUGCUUGCCGUUAUGUCCUACAACAUUGGAAUCUUCAUAGCAGCUGUGGCGGGCCACACGGUUGGGUUCUUUGUUGCCAAGGCUAGUGCUCUUUCCAUUACCAAGCCUCCGGGACCCGAACCUUCAUUCUGA